UAUAUCAGUAGUAAAGCGUCAAAAACAGGAACUUACUUUUUACACUUCUGCCCAUAAAUGAGAAUCUGUUUACUUUUACUUGUCUAUCAGACAUAAUUGUAGCUUGUGCCGAACUGUAUCUCCCUUUUUAAAUCUCUACUUUACAAUCUUCAGUCAAAGCAAACCUUAGUACGGGGAGUUGUCUCUGCUCACAUGAAGUAACAAGUAGCAGAACAUGGACAACUGGAUCAAAGGAUGAGAUCAUCUGUUGUGCGUCUAAGAAUUUAAACAAACUUUCAGAUAAAUAACGGAGACUGAGGACCAUUUAGGAGGAGCGUUGACUGUGUUCAGCACCACUUGGACAUUUUAUGAAGAAAUCAGAUUAUUAACUUAUUACAAAUGGGAUUCAGAAAGACAAUCUGGUUACUUGUUGGUCUUCUCUUCAGCGCUCCCACCCAGAUCACCCCACUUGAACAGCAAUGCCAGGCACAGCAGUCCGCCUGCCUCGAUGACAGCUUUGUGCUGCAGUGUAACAUCCCAGAGCUGCGUGGUAGGAAGGCGAUGUACGUCUCCUGGAAGAAACAGGACAGAAAGUUAGUAGAGUACUCCAGAGGUGAGCGCGGCUCGAAGACAUCUGGGUGGACCGGGUAUCGCCUGAAUCCAGGACGCUUUGGUCUGGGAGACAUCUCCCUGAGCAUCAGCAAGGUGAAUGACUCGGACGCCGGAAGCUACCAAUACAACGUGGAAACCGACAAAGGGAGAUACCAGGGAAACAUCGAGCUCCAUGUGUGUAUGAACUUAGUAGUAGAAUGUAAACAGCGGCAUACCGCUGAAGAGAAAGGAAACGCCAUCAUCACAUGUCAGACUGGAAAUCUCUGUGGAGAAAAGCUGAUCAACGUAACUUGGACUAAAGACAACAUGAUCCUUGCAGAAUACUACAUGCAGGACAUGCAAUGGCUAGUCAGCGAGUCGCUCCGAUUCAGACUUCCAGGGGACUUUUUCAGAGAUGGCAACGUUUCCCUACUCAUCAGCAACGUGCAAGAAGAAGAUCAGGGGACCUAUCGCUAUUCUGUUGGCACUGCAGAUGCAUAUACGCAGGGGGAAGUGAAGCUCGAAGUGUACUUCAAAGUCAGCUACUUGUGGUGGCUUUUGAUCUUAAUGAUGGUGACUGUGUUGGUGCUGGGGAUUAUCAUUCGUAAAGCUUGCAAGAAGAUUGAAAAAAGUCUAAUAACAAACCAGAUGGAAAGACUAGCAGAAUUGUCUGGAGAAUGAUGGUUUAUGAAUAAAUAAAUACA